AUUUAAAGUUUGUUCAAAACUUCAAAAGCUAUAGAGAUUGACAGUUACUUGUUAUUCAAAAUAGCCUCCUAACGGAUAAUUAAAGUCAAUUAAUUUAUUCAAUUUAGCAGCUACUUUCACACCUUACUUGAAUGUAUCAUCCCCUCAAGUCAAUUGAAUCAAAAGGGCUAUCUAUUUUGUUCUAUAACUUUUUUAUUUUCUAGUUAUCUUGUGCAAUUGUCAAAUUCUCACUGAGGAUUUCAUCCAAUCAUUUGAGCAUAAAAUAUGGGAAUUAGAGAUUUUCAUAUCAAAGUCAAGGCACUCAGGCUCUCAUGUUUAGGAAAUAGAGGCAGAAGAAGUUUUCAUGGGGUUGCAAACAAACCUUCAUGGAUGGUGCCAAUAACACAUGGUCAUCAUGUGGUGGAGCAUGAUGUGAUUAAAGGUGGUUCUGAUGACUCUGAGUUUGAUUCAGUUGUUAUACAAAGGGAGCAAAUUGGUGACACUGAAUUGUGGUAUUUUGGAAUCUUUGAUGCUUUGAUUGGAGAUGGUGUUACCAAAUAUUUGCAAUCCAAUUUUUUUUACAAGAAUCUCAAAGAGUCCCAUUUGAGGAGAAAAACCAAAGAAACACUCAAGAGAGCUUACCUAGGUGCAAGAACAAAGGCCAGAGAAGCACAGAAAUCAGAGGAGAAAUGCAUAAUAGGUUCAACAUCUGUGAUGGUGAUAAAUGGAGAAAAACUUGUGAUGGCCAACAUGGGAGAUUACAGAACUGUUUUGUGUAGAGAUGGUGUAGCUUAUCAAACAACUGGAAGAUACAAUCAAUCAUCAAAGAGACAUUGGUUUCGCAGACUCUUUUCAGGUACAAAGCGUUCUAAAGCUUCAGAACUUGUGGUGGGAGGUGAUUGGAUUGACUCUUAUACUGAAUUUGUGAUCUUAGCAAGCAAUGGCAUAUGGGAGGUGAUGAAAAACCAAGAGGCAGUGAAUCUUAUUAGACACAUAGAGGAUCCACAAGAAGCAGCUGAGUGUUUGGCUAAGGAAGCAUUGGUUAGGAUGAGCAGAAGCAACAUUUCAUGUUUAGUCAUUCGGUUCGAUUGAUUCCUCACCAUAUUAGUAUAUCCUAAAGCUUAGUUGAAUAGAUGAAUGCCAAAACAGGUAGCAAAAACUUUGUAUACCAAAGCUUCUUAUAGCAAUUGUAGUAAAAAAACUUAUUGAUACAGCCUUGAAGAUUGGGAUGUGGUGUGUGAAGAGUUCAAUUUGACCACUAUAUCUAGGUGAUUGCACCUUCAUUAUGUCAAAAACCCAAAAAAUAAUUUUGCUUCAAAGUCUAGUAGAUUCAUAGGAAUAUAUUGAUGACAUGUUAGGUUUCUUAAGAAUUCUUGGAUGUAAUUUGCAUUUGUGUUUAGAAUGAUUUGUGUACUCUCCUCUGACAGUUCA